AUGUCGCUGGUCAACCCCACCACUAUCCUGGUGGCAUUGCUACUACUGUACAUCUCCUCCUUCAUCCUCUUCGCCUUCGUACGCGUUGCAACCGGAAUCUCCAUUCAACGAAUCGGCUACUUUUCACUUCGCCGCAUUUCCUACGCACCUCGAGACGGCGUCCAGAUCGAUAUCAGGGGCUUGGGGCUCUCGUUACAUCGCCCUUCGUUCUCCCAGCCAACCUGGGUUCGAUUGCGCCUCACUGAUCUCAAAGUCACCAUCGAUCCGAAACAGCUCAAGAAUGGGAACGAUGACACACACGCCAGCAAUUCCUCGUUUUCGUCCGCCGCGACCUCGAAAAGUAAUUCCCCGGAGAUCCCGCAACAUGCGACUUUUGGUGCACCGAAAACCUCGAAACGGAGCGAGACUUGGAAACAACUUACACGGUUGAAGGAGCAUAUUAAACGGCUACAUAGCUAUAUACAUUGGUUGGCUAUGGUUGAUGUACAUGCCGCGAACACGACCCUGUCCUUCGUCGAUGCCGGAAGUAUACAAGUUGGAUCUUUGACAUUGGCGGUUGAUACUAGGAGGAAUAUGGUAGAACGCGGUCGAUUGUUUCGCCAUAAGAAGCAACAGUCUCAAGAACCUCGGCCGGCGGAAUGGAUUAUAAAUGCCAGGAAUACCUUGCUUGCGGUCGAUGGACGGGAGCCAAUGGAGUUGCUGGAUAAUUUGCAAGUCAAUAUCCAUGGUCAUCUCUAUCGCGAUUUGGAAGGACUUCGAGACACAUCCGUUGCCGUCAAAAUUGGCCGACUCCAUUUUCCCUACGAUGAUCUGGUGACUCUUAGCCAGCGGAUUUCUCGAAAUCGGAAAACGCAUCACCGCAGACAGGAUACAUUCAGCGAAACCGAGGAUGAGAUAUCGUUCGCUGAUUUCGUGGAAGAGUUGGACAAGCCUGGAUCUAGAGAGGAAGCUAUUGUCCAGACGGUUGCCGAUUCGAAGGAAUUUGUCAGUUCGAUUCUGCGAGGUAUUGAAGAAAUCCAGGUUGCCUUGAGCUUCUUCCGUAUUUCAAGGUCGUUCCAACCAUCUUUGAAAGAGCAGAAAGAGAUACAGCUAAACUUGGUCACUCAUGAAAUCGGUAUUGACCUUCAUCGUAUGGACCCCAACUCUCCAGCUCAUCGCAUGUACUUCCAAAAACGUGAUGUUGCCCAUCAAGCUUUACUAGCCGCCAUAUCCUUGUCUGUGAGCAUGGAAGAUGGUUCUGGGGCAACAGAUAGGCUUCUUUAUGUACCUAUGGCUACGACAACCAUCAAAACCACCUUACCCUCGAAGACUGUGAGCUUCUCAGACAAACACGAUGCGUCGGAGCGCAACAGCAAUGUCUUGUUUGCGAACUUCGUCAUUACAUCCCCUUCUCUCGAUAUGGAGCCUCGCCAUGUUUCACAAGUCCUCCGACUAGCAGAAACAAAAAACUCAUCUCCUCGACGCAAGAAGCGAGAUAACCACCGUAUCAUCUCGCGCCUGCUGCCCAAAGCCAAAAUCAACUUUUCCAUCCAAGAGCCUGUCGUACGUUUCGUGCUCCCCAUACCUAAAGAAGCUCCAGUCGAUGGUGGUGACUAUAACCUUCUUGUAUCAUCUAUCUCAUCCGUGUCACUGGACAUUGAAUCUUUUCAUUCAGCCGAAGCAGGUUUCCAUUAUUCACUCUCAUCAACCUACCGUGUCACCUCCCACCAGCUCUACUAUCAGACACCUGCCGGUCUCAAACACAACCUUCUACAAACACAAGAUAUGGAAGUGCGUGUCCAUCUGAAUGCAACACCCGAAGUCUGUGUGUUCGUGUCGGGAAGUCUUAACUCCUUCUCAGUCCAUAUGGUAAACCCGCAAGUCAACCGGGGCAUUAAACAGGUCAUUGAACAAAUCCGGGCUCAAAUGAGACCAGGAAAUCGCAUGCCAACCACAAAUACGGAACAAAAGUCUUGUGUUCUACGCCGUCUUCCUCCCUGGUUGAUGCGAGUUCAAUUCGAGGCUAACGAAUUGACAUUCGAAGUUGCUGGUCCACCUCCUGGUUCAUCAAAGACAAAUCGCGGAGUCGCCCUCCAUCUCGAUUCUUGGACCGCCGACUACCGAGCUCAAAAGCUUGAGCCUACUAGAUCUUCCACACGAAGAAGGACAUCUAGUCAUUCUUAUUCAACCAUUGGAGACGAUCCUCCAUUCCGUUUCCCACCGACCUCACCCCCUCGAAGAACCGGCAAUGGCCUUGCUGAUGGAAGAAGACUAGCGGUGCAUAUCCGAGGACUGGAGGGCUUCGUGAUUGAAUCCGAAGAUAUCAUGGAGCCCGAGGCUUUCCUUUCGCUACCACGUUGUGAAGUCGCACUGAGUACGCACAGUGAUCUCCAAGGUCCGAUUUUCCACAUAAACUCUACGAUCAAGGACCUUUUCAUUGAGUUCUCGUUGUACCGCAUCUACUCCUUAGGAAUAGCAGUGAAUGUACUCGCAGAAACGUUUAUGCGGUCUUCUGCCACGAAACGUUACACAUCUUCAUCUAUGGAUUUCUCAGCAUCACUACCUCCGCCUCCUCGAUCACUGUCGCAGCGCGCAGAACUCACUACAGUUGAUGUCCGCGUGGGGCUUGUACGAGUCAAAGGCAUCAUGCCCAACAACCCACAUCUGAUGUUGCAACUAUAUGGUGUUGCAGCCGGCAGUCAUCGUUGGUCAGCUCCUUUCCUUCGAUGCCAGCUUGCUCGCUUACAUGUCGCUGCACCUAAGAUCCAGAACAUGUGGGCUCGGAUACUUUCGAUGAAUACUGUGAGAGUCGAUUUGCGAGAGUCUAAACGCCGACAUGGCGAUGAAUUGCGAGAAGAACGAUCUAUUGAUGUCUCGGCAGACUGGAUCCGGAUUGGCGUUCCGCACCACUUGAUAAUGCACCAAGUAUUUGAUAAUUUUACCGUCACUUUCAAGGCGCUCAAGACCUUGUAUGAACGGUUCAAGACAAACUCGGACAUAGACGUUCUUGAAAAGGUACCAGAGGGACCUAAGAUAGUUCCGCGAAUAUCACUCCGCAGUCGAACGCUGGCAUUUCAACUAGAAGACGACGCGUUUGAGUGGAAGCUUGGUUGCAUAUAUCGUGUGGGACUUGUGGAGCAGCGCCAUCGUAUCGCUCGAGAGGAGGCGUUCAGAUUGAAGACUCAGAAAAUUUGGGAAGCCGAAAAUAGACGAGCUUCGUCGCGAUUCCGUACGCAUUCUGCACACCCAGAGUCUCGUCUAGGACGAAGAAGUGAUGAUCGAAGACGAAGUGCAAGUAUCGGCCCACGGGAAUCUAGGCGGUCAUUCGACGACGAGCCCGACAAAUAUGGCCGUGCUCGCUACAAGACCGAUGGGGCUGCACACAUCUCGUCUUUCGCAAAAGUGUCGGAGAAGGAAGCCUGGAUUCGCUUGCAGGAGUAUAAUGCCCGAAUAUGGAAGUCAAAAAUCGAUGCCGCUAUGCAAUUCCAGUCCAAAUCUAUUAGUGAAUUGCGAAAUGUUUUUGCUGGUGCCGAUUCACCGCCAGAGGAUAUUGAGGAUGACGAACCCAUUCUCGCUAUUCCCAAUCGUCCUGCACUGAUGGCUGCACUGAUUAGUGAUGUGCAUCUAGUCGUUGAUAAACCAUCUUUCCCAGUGCAUGAAUACUCACGAUUUCUGUACAGAAUCGGUAAAGGCAUGCCUGUCGAUAUGAAAUUCUCUCUUUUGAUACCUAUGAGCAUUCAUCUCGACAUGGGUGAGGCAAGAGUUACACUUCGUGAUUAUCCUUUGGACUUGCUUCAUAUUCCUGCGCUACGUCCCGGCCAGUCUCCGCGAGUACCAAGUUGGUCUCUACAGACAGAUUUCGUCAUUGCAGAAGAAUUCCGCAAUCGCGAAUCGACACGAGACGUUCGGGUCUGCGUCGUGCCUCCGAGCAAACUUGCGGACGGCCAAAUGACUGAUGGCUUCUAUAUCACUGUGCGGCGGACCAUCGCUCCAGUCAAGACAUACUCCGAGCCAACAUUUGAUAUCAAUACAAGCCUCCCAACAAGCAUUACUUGGUGCAUGUCCUAUCAGCCUGUUAUACAGGAUAUGAUGAAGAUUAUCGAAGGAUUCACAAAGCCUGAAAUCGAUCCAUCAGAGCGUGUCGGUUUCUGGGACAAGAUCAGGUUGAGCUUCCACUCUCGAAUCAAAGUACGAUGGAAAGGUGACGGUGACGUCCAUCUACGCCUGAAAGGAUCUCGUGAUCCGUACAUAAUAACAGGAUUUGGAGCUGGUUUCGUGAUGUGUUGGCGAAAAGACGUCCAGUGGAACAUCCACCCUAAUGAUGACCCUAAAGAGUUCAUGACCGUUACGAGCGGGGAGUACGUGCUUGCAGUGCCGGAUUACAGCCAUGAGGCACGCUAUUCGUAUGAAUAUUCACUAGAAAACACCAGAAGCCAACCUCCCAGUGGUCAGGCAAAGAAUGCUGCACAUUUCAAGAAAGUGAUGAUGAAACUGUCGGGUAGUGUCAAGUGGAUCGCGGGAUUGGUGUUUGAGCGUAAUACUGAUACUGGUCGGUCCUUCGAGUUCAAGUCCCAUUACGAUGUGGUUCUACGUAACCCACUUUAUAUCGACGAGUCACAGAGAAAGAACUACGACGCCUAUCGUGGCUUCCGAAGCAAUUACAUCCAUCUCUCCGUCUCAAUUUUGGCUCCUAAUAGUACGGAACAGACGACACCAAACUAUAACACGGUCCACCUCACUCCACGCCUCUUUACUCAUUUCUUCAACUGGUGGUCUCUGUUUUCCGGAGUCAUGUCUCUUCCUGUCCGACAGGGUCCUCUUUGGCCUGGUAUUACUAAGACCAGCAAGAAAUUUGGUCGUCAUUUGGCUACUGUCAAGUAUAAGUUGCUACUUUCACCUCUCUUUACUUCGCAUAUAUACAAGCACAAAGACCCGGAAGAGUAUGGAGAGGACGUCGUCACUGCAACUGGCAUCAAGGUUCGGCUUGCUAAUUUCAAAUUGGACCUCCAUCAAAGACGUGAGCGUGUACAAGCUCCGAUCAAAGGUCGUCUCAAACAAAUGAAAUCAAGUGCUAUGCGUAUCAAUCGCGCCGAACUGGAUUUUGAGGCAGCCGACUUUAGGGCUGUCUCCGCCAGUAUUGAAGGGACCACUCUGGAUGAGGUUCUGGAAGACCCCGACAACAUUGUCGAGUCACUCCAACAACCCCUUCCUGCGGUUGAUGUUUCUCGCUUCGAUAUCCCAGACCAUGACUAUACCUGGAUUGAUAUGGAUGAUUUUGUGGAAUUGGACUGGAUACUCCCUCAAGAGUCUAAUCCCAAGACUAAGAUCUUGCCUCUUGCAUAUACCCCUCGAUUUACUUACUUUCGACAAACUGACCAUGGAGAUUCGUCAGUCACUGAGAAUGUAGUCAGUCAAUUUGGUGAUGAGCCGACGCAUGAAUGUGUUAUGUCUCAAGGCAACGACCCGUGGCAAGUGCAAAUGGACCUUAUCAAGGGUCGUCUAGCAACUCUUGAUAUACAAGCAAAAAACCAUGAGCAGCAACUCAAUGAGCAUGAGCUUCAGCUCGCUAACGCAGGGGAAGAGAACCAGGAAUUGAAAGUCAAACAUGAGCUGUUAGUUCGGCAAGCUGAGGCUUUGGUAAGACGGCGCAAGUUCCUGAAUGCAGGACUGCGACGUCUUGAGAAGCUUGUUCAUGGGCAAGAGUCUCUGGAUGGCGAUGAUGACGGAGGCAGUGAAUCUUCAUCUAGAACUGAUAGUGGAUCCGACAGCGACAAGGAUGCUCCUGAAUUGGAAACGAAGUAUGAAGCCCCAGACAUCGAAUCAGCCAGUGAUUUUAACAACCGCUUUACAAUCCAUAAUCCACAAGUCAAGUGGAACAAUUCCCUGCGAGAUAUUAUGGUCAGGUAUGGCCAUCAAGUCAGCCAAAGACGGGGAUUCGUUUACUACAUGUCGCAACAAGCAGUCAAAUUUAUUUCGGAUAUUGUGGCGGAGCAAAAUAAGAACAGUCGCCGACGAAAGGGCUUCUUUGAUGAGUCACCAACUCGCGACGAGGACGGAGACAAAGAGGACGACGAUAGCCUCCAGGACCGUAUUGAACAACUGCUACACGAUGCCAAGAGAUUUGUGAACGCGGAUGAUCCUUCAGCUACACCAGCAUCGACUGCUGAGCGCUCUCGUUCACGCUCGGCUGACUUUAGUGAGUAUAUUUCAUCAGAAUUCACUACACAACAGAGUUAUCAUCUCCGUCUUAUUGCACCUCAGAUCCAAUUGCAAAGUGACAAGAAUACACGCUCUGUCACAUUGGUGACGGCGAAAGGAAUGACUCUCAAAGUGCUAUCAAUCAUGGACAAGCGUCGCGUUAGCGAUGAUGUUAGCGGAUUAGUCCAGCGCCGGUUCUCCUUGAAUAUGGACGGCGCCCAGUUCUUCGUUGCGACGCAGAAGAAUCUCAAAGCCCAUUUGCAGUUCUACGCGGGCAACAAAUAUGGCAAUGCACCCGGUUCAGCUUGGCCGCCGUGGCUCACUUUGGAAGCCAUGUUUGACUUUGAGCUUCUUCCUUUCGGCUUCUCUAGGAUUAUUCAGCGGACUUCGGCAAGUCUUCGAUAUGACAAGUACAACAACCUUCGUCUCAAAUAUAAUGACGAAGUAUCACAAAAUGAGGGCAAUGCUGCAGCUUUCCAUGACGCUGGCGAUGGACGCGUCGAUCAAGUCUGGGUGGACUUUCCUAAUGUCAGAGCUAUCUGUGAUUCCACCGAAUACUAUACCAUAUACAUCAUUGUUUUGGAUCUGUUGCUAUACAAUGAACCGCUGGAAAAGGUCAGGAGUGAGAAAUUGGAAAAGAUCAUGUUUGCCUCUGAUUUUAGCGACCUGCGAGGCGCACCGGAGACUGUAUUCAAACUGCAGGAGCGUAUUCGUCAGCUGGAAAUAAUUAAAGAGUACUUUCAAGUACAAGCGCAUCAUCUCGACACUCAGGGAUGGCAGGAUAGGAUCACACUUGAAAGGGACUUGGCCAAUUGCGAGGAAGAAUUAUUCUUUAUUAUGAAGGCCAUCACAACAUCGCAGAGAAGGACCGACGAGCGGACCUUAUCCCAGUCUAGUGCUUCAAUGCGAUACUGCCUGUCAGCUUCUGAUAUUGUCUGGCACUUGAUGAGAGACAGGAACGAACCAUUGGUGGAAUUCCGGCUACGCAAUGCUUCAUAUGAGCGAACCGACAACACAGACGGGUCAAAUCGCAACUUGAUUGAGAUCCAACGCUUAUACGCGCUGAAUUUGCUGGAGAACGCUAUUUAUCCGCAAAUGAUUGUUCCGUAUAUGGAUCACAAGAGCAGGACUGAGAUGAGUGGCGAUAUGAUGCUUCGUGUGCAAUGGUACAUGUUGGAAGCCGUUGCGGGUAUACCGGUGUUGGAUCAGUUUGAGGUCAACCUGUUCCCGCUCAAGGUGCAGCUAGAGCGAGAGUUAGGCAAGAAAUUGUUUGAGUAUAUUUUCCCUGGUGUUGGAUCCAACGCGUUUGAAAAUGGCAGCUUCUCUCCAUUCAUGGUCAAGCACAUCAAACCACUGAACGAGGAGGACGAAGGAGAGGAAGGUAAGGAAAGCAGUGUUGGAACCCCUGAUUUUGUUUCCACGCCACGCAACCAGGAUGAUCCUUCAACUGGAGAUGAUCAGCAAACUCUUACAGGCGCUGGGUCCAUUGAGCUGAGACUGCAGCCUACGAUGACACUUCCGGACAACAGUCGCAAAGCACGUUCGAGCCGACUCAAGGUGCCGCUGACAAGAAUUACUAAAGAUAGAGACCACCGCUUAUCACCGGCGGAUAGACCAGGAGGACAUGGUCUUCGACCGUCUACUCAUAGCGGUAUCAGCAAGAAGAAGUCUACAGAGAGUUUGCGUGCACUGACGCGAACACCCACCGAGAAGUCGAUUGGAGCGGCAUCUAAUGCAUCCGGCGGCGCGGGCGAGAGCAAGCGAUUCUUGCUAGCCAAAGGCUCAAAGAAAGAACAGACUGACGAUCUCACUCAAAUGAUGUCUCGUGCGUCCAACUACAUGAUUCUCGCACAUGUCAAGAUCAACGACGUCGUGCUUUGCCUGAGUUACAAAGGCAGAGGAGAUCGCAACAUUGAAGACGUACACGAUUUCGUGUUCCGUCUCCCAGUCCUUGAAUACCGCAACAAGACAUGGUCAAAUCUCGAACUUGCUCUGCGUCUGAAGAAGGAUGCCAUCAAAGCGUUGAUCUCGCACGCACCGGCCAUUCUAGGCAAUAAAAUUUCCCACCCGCGUCCCAGCAAACAGCAACAACAACGGCUAAGAGAGCUCGCAUCCUCGGCGCAAGCGCUCCCUGCUUCCGACACCGCUCUUAACAGUGCCAUCAACCUGGCCUCUGCAACGCAGAGCAUGAGCAGUCGCGACUCAGCCAGCAUCCAUCGUAACAACCUUGUUUCAACACCCGCCUCUUCUUCUUCGAGCCAUAUUCACGGCCCUUCCUCAUUAUCACAACCUUCCAGCUCCGGAGCGGGGACUUAUCCACUCGCAAAAUCCAUUUCGUAUUCCUCUUCUAGCAAUUUAAGUUUUUCCCGCGAGCCGAGCAUUAUGAUCAAUGAUUCCCCAAUGACGAGGGAUGAUAGCUCGAUUGCUCCUUCAUCUAAACGAGACUCGAGAGAAGAGCGACGCCCAAUGACAUCGCAUAGCAAUGGGAGCUUCUCACAGGACGAUAGUUCUCGGAGAAGUAUUCGAACUUUCGGCCGCAAACUGCUUCAUCGUCAUACCGCCAACGAUUGA